AUGAGUAAGACACCACAGUCUAAGCUAACAAUUGUAGACGUGUCUAAGUUUGGUCCUAGCGUGUUUACCCUUACUUUUGCGCUAGAAGUGGUGGGGAGCGAAGUCUGGAGUGAUAGUGGCGAAGGAUGGGUUGAACUUGGAAGUAUAAUUCAUGGAGUCAAAUUGGUGUAUCAAUUGUAUCCUGGCCAGAUAUUUGAGGUGGAAGUAGUAGUAUAUCCACACGCGGCUAAGAUCGUCUGUGGAAAUAAUUAUGAUUGGGUUCGAACGUGGCACUAUUUAGAAAGAAUAUUUCUGACGUUCUCGAUCAGCCACGCAUUUCCAGUCAGAGUGACGGAAUUUCGUAAUUUUGUGGCAAUAGUGACACCACACCCCGGAAUAUCCGUACUUAGUGCUAAUGCUAAAUCCGAGAAAUCUCACAUUUAUCUCCCGCCAUUACAAUUCGGCGAACGACGUCAAUUCGCCAAGGCUUUUGACUCUGAAUAUCCUCUCAAGAAGUAUAUUUGGGACUUAAUAUGGUAUCGGGUUGUGGUACAUAUCCCGACCACGUAUUUAGAUGGCCUAUUCGAUACACCAUAUCCAGUUUAUGGUGCCAGGCAUCAGGAUGCAGUACUAGAUGAAAUACAUAAUGCAGUUUUAAAUCAGCCUUCGUUGCUCGAAUCGGAGAUAAAUAUGAAUAAGGGACAUCAUAGUAAGACUGACAAAAAGAAACCUGAAGAAACGAGUUCCAAAUUUGAUAUGAAACUUUCUGGUGAUUGGAUCUUAGCUGGAGUUGGAAGAGUUGUACCAUUUGUGACCACAGGUUGCCGGUUACCAGAGCUCGGUGAAGUAGUAGCUCUGAUCAGCACUGGUAACUUACCCUCCUAUGACGACGUCCCGAUUUUUUUCGCCAACGUCACUAAUCUAGCUGAUCUUCCAGUAGAUCAUUUGUUACAAAACAAUUUCACUCAUAUUUAUACGAGAUGGAUGGUCGCCGACGAAGAUCGUUCUUCAGAUCAAAUAUCUCUAGGGAAUAAGACAUCUAAAUCUCAGAUUAAUUUUAAAGAUCACCACGCAGUACCAUUGUCAAAUGCUUCAGCUUCUGAUAUGAUGGCUAUAUUUUUGGAAGAACCCUUUUGUAUAGAGCUUCGUGGAAUAAGAACACCACCGGAGCCACAAAAAUCUAACUUUUUUGGUUAUGAUAAAUGUGAUCGAGAUUUUGCAACGGGCAUAACACCCUCAAUACCCAAUCAAGAUGUGGAUAUUCUGAUUGCACAGACAAAAAUUGAUGCCAGAGCCUUAAAAAAAAUCAAUGGUCACGUGAAAGGAGAAUUCUCAUUAUUUCCUCCUGAGACAUAUAUAGUGCCACUGGAACGUGAAGGGAUUUGUACCAACGACAUAAAUGCAAUGAGAGCAAAGGUCAAACCAGAUUUUGUAAUUCAACCAAGUAAAAUCCUAGAGGCACAGAUGACAUUAGAAGUAUCUAUAGGCCUUGUAGGAUGUAAACCUCACCCAGUAAAUACGAGAUAUUCUAGAUUAUAUAGUCUUAUCAGUGACCAUGGCGCCAUAAUGGUUAUAUUACGACAAAUAACGGAAAUAAACGAGGCAUUGCUAUUAACUGGCAAUAGUACUGGUUUGCUAACAGGAUUUGCUUUAGAUACCGGAGAUACUGUGAUGUUAUAUGUGGAAGGGCCGAAAGAAGGUGAGAUUUUACGAAUAUGGGAAAGGACAGCAGAUUUUUAUCCUAUUGUGAAGCCUCUUUUCUCGACUUCUAGUAAUUAUAUUGGGAGGUUAUAUCCUGAGCUGCUUCUUGGUGCCAUGCCAUUCAAUAUUUUGAAAAUGUUUGUGCCGUUAUCGGUUUUGUUAGGGUUGACACCAAUUUACGCUCGUCCUGCAUUACCACUGCCUACCCGUGCUGCCGUGUUGAAGAUAGGACGCUUAAUUGGCGGAAGGUUCUCUACGGUUCCAUGUAGACGCGUAAUGCCAACAGCUAUGGAACUGAAGAGUUUCAGACUGGAGCUAUGCGUGGCGCCGCGGCCUCCAGCGACUACCAUUUUAGAUGUUCCCUUAGUCAAAACCAGCAACGUAACAAAUGUGGCACCUCAAAAGACAGUUUCGACAAAAAGUUGCGGUCGAAACGCGAAAUAUGAUGAAGCUUCUGAGCGUGUUUCGUGGAGCGGUGACGAAACGAAGUAA